UGACAAUUUUUCGCACGCUAUUCAUAAGCCUAAUGGUAUUGUCUUUUAAAUACAGAAAAAUAUUUGCUCCUUGGGGUAGUUCAUACUUGAUUGCACCCGUCGCCAGUCGGAUCGGUCGCUCAUCUUCGAAAGUUCCUUGCAGCGUUUGGAUGAUUUAGAAUGGUUGAACUUCAUCACGGAGACCAGUCUCACAUUGAAAAAUGUCGUACCGUCAAAUUCAACAUCGGAAAGCUUCGAGUAAACUUUAAUCCCGUAGUAACAGCAGGUUCUGCUUUCCUUAUCUGGGGGCUCGUGGUGUUUUGUCUCGUUGAGACCAAAGUCGCGGCUGCCCAUUUGCCCACAUGGACAAGAUGGGUUACCGAUAAGUGGACCUGGCUCUACAUCGGGACCCAAGACUCCUGGGCCGUGUUCAUUAUCGUUCUGUUCUUCUCAAAGUAUUCACAUCUCAAGCUUGCUAAAUCAGACGACGAAGAGCCGGAGUUUAGCGAUGGUUCAUACUUCAGUAUGCUGUUCGCUGCUGGGAUAGGUGUUGGGUUAUUUUACUUUGGAAUAGCUGAACCUGUGCAACACUAUCAGCCCGGUACUCCCGGCGAUCCUAGUGGCGUCUGGGGAAACCGCUUUCAAGGGAGGUAUUCUGACAACCAGCGCGUCCAGGACGCCAUCAACGUGACCUUGUUUCACUGGGGAAUCCACGGCUGGAUCGUCUACACCAUGAUUGGUUUGUUGUUGGGCUUCCUGUCUUAUCGCUACAACAUGCCCAUGACCAUGCGCACGUGCUUCUACCCGUUGCUAGGCGACAAGAUCUACGGCACCUUCGGCGACCUGAUCGAUAUCCUGUCGGUGGUGUGCACCAUGUUCGGCGUUUGCACGAGUCUCGGCGCUGGAGCGAUCCAACUCAACGACGGACUCAACCGGUUGAAUAAUAACAUUCCAAAGUCACGUGAGAGUCAGGUGAUUAUCAUCUGGGGAAUAACAGCGAUAGCCACCGCAUCUGUGAUCAGCGGCAUAAAGAUUGGUAUCCGUCGCCUGAGCGAGAUCUGUUUUGCCCUUGGGAUGUUUAUAUUCUUUGUGGUGUUUUAUUUUGAUGAUACCUGGUUCUUGCUGAACGUGUUCGUCCAGAGCAUCGGCUACUACCUGCAGUGGAUCGUGCAGAUUGGCUUCCACACCGACGCCUUCGCUCAACUUGGGAACGCCCCUGACGGCAAGCAAGCCCCAAAUUGGAUGAAUGACUGGACCAUUUUCUACUGGGGUUGGUGGAUCGCGUGGGCUCCCUUUGUUGGCGUGUUCAUCGCGCGCAUCUCGCGUGGACGGACCAUCAGGCAGUUCAUCACCUACACCCUGACCGUCUCCAUUAUCUAUUGCAUCAUGUGGUUCUCUAUUUUCGGCGCUAUCGGGAUCAAGAUGGAGCGCGAGGCGGAACUCGCGGGAAUCCAGUGCAACUCUACUUACGGUGGCGCUACUUCCAAGCAGUCUUCCGAUGGUCUGUUCCGUCUGUCCUGCCGCCCCUCUACGAGCAUGUGGUUUGACGUCAUGGAUCAAUACGGAGGAAUCGGACCUUUUCUCUCAGGAAUUUCCAUCGUCGGCCUCGUCCUCUACUUCGUUACCAGCUCCGACAGUGGCUCUCUCGUGAUUGACAGCCUCUCAGCCAAUGGCCACCCAGAUCCACCGGUGCUGCAGCGAGUGUUCUGGGCUCUGACGGAAGGCGCUUGUGCCACGGGCUUGCUGUGGACGGGCGGAUCAAAGGCGUUGAGCGCUCUUCAGGCAGCGUCUGUAUCAUCAGGUCUCUUGUACACCGUCAUCCUCAACUUCGUUUGUAUCGCUACAUGGCGAGCUGUCAAGUACGACACGGGGGACCUCGAUUUUGACGGACCGCGGUUUACUAUGGGAAUCUUCGAUAUCUUCUAUGCUCCUUCUGUCGGCCGGUUUAAAAGGCUUGCUAUUGCUGUUGUCGCCCCCUGGUGGCCUAUGGCAUACGCUGCUCAUAAGGUGGACGGAUCACGUCGCUGGCUCGUCAUGCUCACCAUCGCUGUCCCAUUCUACGGAUGGCUUCUCCUGCUGGCGUUACAUCCCCUUGAGGCCGGCUUAGCUUACAUCGGAUGGUCUAUUCUGAUGGGCUUUGUCGUCCUUGGCGCUGGCAUUCGUGGGAAGAUACGAGAGAGGUACUUCAUCAUCGGCAACAUGGCGGAAGACUUCUUCGCGGUUCUUCUCCUGUACCCUUUCGCAGCUAUACAAAUGCAGGAACACAUGAUGUUCUCUAAGAACCCGCACGCUGACCCAGGUCAAAGCCAUCCAUCUACAGCCAAUGGCGGGAUCGAUGCCAAAGUCAACGUGACCGUAGAUAUGAAUGGGCUGAACGGAAGCAAUAACGUGUUCUCAAGACCAUCUAAGCUGACAAGAGACAAUUUUUCAAUGACGUCAUAUCUUUAAGGGUGCUUUGAAUGUCUACCCGUGAUGCAAUUUUCUUAUAGCUAUAGUAGUCCCAAUAGAUGCAGGUCUGGUUAUAGUGAUUCUAACAUUUUGAUUAUAGAUAUACCACAAUGUUCCAAUGCAUUAUAACUUAUUGCACCCGCCUUUACUUGAUGUCACGACCAAGAUGUUAAUGUUAUUGCAAACUUUCUAACAAUCAUUGCUAAUAAGCAAGAUUCAUAAAAAAGGCAUUCAAUUAAACUACGAAUACACA